AUGGGGCAAUACGUAGCUCGGAACACGACUGACAAAGCAGGAGGAUCUGGGAAACAGAAGAACAUUGUCAACGUAGUGCUGGGCGGAUCCUGUUCUCCUCCUCCCAGCCCGGAUUCCUGUCAAGAAGUGAUGUCCAUCCAGGCCUUCCUCGAACAGGUGAUUUCCUUCAACAGCAAGGAUUUCGAAGGAGUCACCCGGGGUCACAAUCAAGCCCUGGUAGUAACCCUGGAUAUGGCCGAAAAUGAAGUUAGAAGGAUCCUGGUAGACAACGGCUCUUCAGCCAACAUUCUGUUCAAACACACCAUGGAUCGAAUGCAACUAGGGAGUAUCCGGAAGAACGACUACAGGGAGGAUCCCUUAUAUGGAUUCGGGAACAGCAUUGUCCCGGUCCUGGGCACCCUCUAUCUCCCGGUCCGAUUCGGAACUCUCCCGAACCAAGUCACCCAUGUAAUCAAGUUCUAUAUCACAGAUACGCCCUCCUCUUACAAUGUGAUCAUCGGCCGCCUAGGCCUGAACAAGAUUGAAGCUAUCACAUCCAUCCCACACCUGAAAUUCAAGUUCCCAACCCCGUUCGGGGUAGGGGAAGUCAAAGGGGAUUCGGCAACAGCCGGGGUGUGUUACAGCCAAGCCUUGGUCAUGGCGGAAACACAUUUGGACAAAAAGAGAAAGGCGACCGUUUUCCAAAAACAAAGAAGCAACAAAAAACAUCGACCUUACCCGAAAACAAAUUCCAAAGGGGAAGUCCAGGUGAUCGACCUCGACCCGGGUAACAUUGACCCGGGAGCAGCCAACCAUGAUCCAGGACAAAACAACCAGAAAGCAACCAUGAACUCGGCUCAAAAUUUUGUUGAAAAGAACACUGACGCCCGGAUCCAGCAAAUGAUCUCGGCACAAGAAUUAACCAAGGUCGAAGCUGCGGUCGAAACCGAGUCUGUCCUGAUCGAGAAAGACAACCCGGCAAGGAAAGUCAAAAUUGGGAAAGGCCUGGAUACUGUUUUUAAAGAGGAACUCAUCCAACUACUCCGGAACUAUGCAGAUGUCUUUGCCUGGAGCCCGGACGACAUGCCCGGGUUGGAUGAAUCACUAGCAAUGCACAGUCUAGACGUAGAUCCCAAGAAGAAGCCUGUCAAACAAAAGCGAAGAAAUUUCACCCCAGAAUGGCAGAAGGCGAUAGAUGAGGAAGUUGGCAAGCUAAUGAAGGCGGAUAUCAUAUGUGAGAUCAAAUACCCGGAAUGGCUAGCAAAUGUAGUCAUGGUUAAGAAAGCAAACGGAAAGUGGAGGAUGUGUGUCGAUUACACAGAUUUGAAUGCUGCAUGCCCCAAGGACCCUUAUCCUCUACCAAGCAUAGAUCAGCUUAUUGAUGCCACAUCAGGGCACCUGAUGUUAAGCUUUAUGGAUGCUUUCUCCGGGUACAAUCAGGUUAAGAUGAACCCAGCAGACAUAGCCAAAACAGCUUUCAUAACCCAUCGGGUAGUCUAUGCCUACAAACUGAUGCCUUUCGGAUUAAGGAACGCCGGGUCCACAUACCAGAAGGCGAUGAAUGAAAUUUUCAAAGACCAACUUGGAAGAAAUUUGGAAUGCUAUGUUGACGACAUCAUCUCCAAAUCCACAUCCGUCCCGGGUCACAUUGCAGACCUCAAGGAAUGUUUCGAAAACAUGAGGAGGACCAAACUGAAGCUUAACCCGGACAAAUGCACCUUCGGAGUAGAGGCUGGAAAAUUUCUGGGGUUUAUGGUGAGUAACCGGGGUAUCGAGGCCAACCCGGAGAAGAUCAAGGCAGUCCAAGAAAUGCAACCACCUCGGACUCAGAGGAAAGUUCAAAAGCUAGCAGGGUCCUUGAAAUCAGUACAGUGGAGCCCGGAUUGCCAAAGAGCCCUCGAUGAGAUUAAGACAUAUCUGUCCAAACCUCUGAUCCUGACAAAAGCCUUACCCGGAGAACCCCUAUACCUGUCAGCUGGUCCCUUUGCUGUCGGGGCAGCUUUAAUCAGGGAAGAAUCCAGACAACAGAAGCCUGUCUACUAUGUCAGCCAAGUCUUGAAGGAUGCGGAGACCAUAUACCCCAACUUAGAAAAAUUUGCAUUUGCACUAAUCACCGCAUCCAGGAAACUCAGACACUACUUUCAAGGAAGAGAGAUCAGGAUUGUCACAAACCAACCUUUGAGGAAAAUCAUUCACAAACCAGACAUCUCCGGGAGACUAGUGAACUGGGCAAUCGAGCUUAGCCAGUUCAGCCUAACAUUCCUACCCCGGACAGCAGUCAAAGCCCAGGUCCUGGCAGAUUUUGUAGUGGAAUGCAACUUUCCAGAAAAUCAGACAACUCCCAUGGAAACUGAACCAGAAGCCCCGGUAGAGUCUAACCCGGAGUCUUGGAUACUCCACGUUGAUGGCUCCUCAACAACCGAAAGAUCAGGAGCCGGGCUAAUCCUGAAAAGCCCGGACGAAUUCGUCAUCAAAACGGCGAUCUCCUUCAACUUUGCAGGAACCAACAAUCAAGCGGAGUAUGAAGCCCUGUUAGCAGGAUUGAAGUUGGUCCGGACCCUGUCAAUCCGGAACCUCACCAUCUACAGUGAUUCCCAGAUCGUGGUCUGGCAGACAAAUGGAGAAUACCUUGCUAAAGACCCGAUUCUAACCAAGUAUCAAGCCUUGGUGAAAAGCUAUCUUACUCUGAUUCCCGGGUUCAAAAUCUUGCAAGUCAACAGGGAAGAAAAUGCGGAGGCGGACAACCUUUCCAGGUUAGUCCAAAAUUCAACGGACCUGGAUAGCUGGGUCUAUUUCGAAGAAUUGCACAAGCCAACAAUAGAACAAGAGGGAAUUUUUGAAAUCAACAACGACCCUACCUGGAUGACUCCCCUGAGCAACUACACAGAGAAGGGAGAGUUACCCGAAGACAAAGGAAAAGCUCAAAGACUGAAGGCUAAGGCAGCCAAGUUUUUCGUAGAAGGCGGGAUCCUGUUUCGCCGAACUUACUCAGCCCCGAUCCUGAAAUGCAUUGGUCCAGAAGAAUCCGAGUACUGCCUAAGGGAAGUCCACGAAGGAAUUUGCUGA